AUGGAGGAAAGGGAACAAGAAUCUCAUGAUCAGACAGAUUUUGAUUCUAUUCUGCAUAGCGAAAGGGGACUUACAAGCGUGGCACAGUUGGCCACAAAACAAGAACUAAGCCCCUUGUACCCUACUAAGGAAUUGGAAAGUACCCGAAAAAUAUUCUGCCCCGAAAAUGAGGAGAUGGUGAUGAGACCACUGAUUAAGACUGAAACCUCCACCAAUGAUGGCCAAGGUGGGGGAGCUCUGCAAAUUACUAUGCGAACGAUGCUGUACUCGGCGGCCAAAAUGUCAAAAAUUCAGGAAAAAUACACCAGGCUAACUCAUGAAACUGAAACUGAGUAUGUUUGGAGGGUGUCAUUGACUGGUGGCGAUUGUGUUUUGUUGUCAGAGGACAAGGCCCAGGGAUACUGGAGGCCAGGGGUUUUUCUAACUACCGAUGACCUGAGAGAGCCGUGGUCGCUAACUCAACGAGUUGCCUAUCGGGCGGGGGGUUUGGACCCCUUGGAAAUGGGGGAUCCAGUGUGUAUCGAGACCCCAUCUGUAAAUCAUUUGACGGAAAGUUUGCAGAGGGCUGCUUCUCUCCAGUUAAUGCGUGAUCGGCACUUGGUCCCUCAAGAACGUUCCCCAAUGCUGUUAAUUGCUAACCCUGAUAGAACAACUCCCCUGAUUUGAGGCUUGCCUGAUUCUUUAAAACUAUAUGCAGUACAACUACAAGAUUGUUUGCAGGACGCAUUAGCCCCACAAGGAGGGAGACGGACCCCGGGAGGGGGACCCAUAACCUGGGGAGAGAUAGCCCAGGAGUUAAUAAAUUAUGGUAGAAGGAUGGGGGUUGCAGGGGGAACUGUAAAAUCAAAAACUGCUGUACGGAGAGCAGAACAGUGGGCGAAUCGACCCCCUCUGCGAGCCUCAGGGGAGAAGAGAAACCUAUUGUGGGCGGAGGGAAUCGACAAGGAGAUUCCCUGGGAUGUAAUGGAUGGUAUGCCUACUAUGGCCUUAGAAAAGCUCAUCUGA